AGAAAGAGGUGGAUGGAGAAGCACCCGAAACAAUUCAAAGGAUGUAGAUCAUGCAGCUGAACUCCAGUUAAGUAGAUUUCACUGUUGGAUGUCAAGUGAGUCAAUGAAAUGAAAAUGGAGUAGUGAAAAGAAAUAAUGCUAGAGGAGGAAAGACCAGGAUUCCAUGUGAUUCUCCUGAAACAUGUGAUGCAACUGAGAUAGCUCUUGUGAUCCCAAGAAUCAACCAAAUAAGCGAACCUUCUCAUGCAAACAUUCUGCCUAAAAGGAGAAUGAAACAUGUAUUGACCUCAAUAAAUAAUGGUGAAAGCUCAAGGGUCACUACUCCUAAUGACCCAGACAUUGUGUUUCUCGGUUCAUCUUCAGAAUCAUCUCGUUCAAGGUCAUCUAUAACUCAUAUUAUGGAACAUCCAGAUGUUAUGGAUCUUGACAAAUCCGAAAUGAGAGGGAUAAAUGCAAAUCAUAUGGACUCUAUGAAUGAUGAGGAAACAGAGGCUAAGGCAAGACAACUAGAAGCAGAUGAAAUGUUAGCUCGUGAACUCCAAGAACAAUUAUAUCAUGAGAUUGAUGAAACAUGCAUGGGAACUUCAGCAGGAGAUGAACUCCUUCCAACAUCUUUUCGGACUCUCAUGACUAGGUCAUCAAGGCUCAACAAGGCAGUCUCGUAUUCAGCAUUCAUUGCUGAAUAUUCAGAAUUCUUUGAAUAGGAGAGGAGUGCAGACUCAUUUCCCCACUUCUGCCAGAGUUUCAAGGUUGAGGAAUCGAGUUUUGAAUAAACUUCGAGCAGCACCGUCUAGGAGGAAUUUUCAAUUCCCUUUAGACAUGGAUUUGGAUAUGAGACUUGAUAUAUUGAAAGCCAUGGAGGCUGCAGUUGGAGAUGCUGAUGACAUGGGAAUGGCUAGUCGCAUCUUCCAAGUUCAACGUGAUUUUAAUGAAAACGAUUAUGAAAUGCUGUUGGCCCUUGAUGGUAACAAUCAUCAGCAUGGUGGUGCAUCAGUUAAUCAGAUUAACAGUUUGCCACUGUCCAAAGUUCAGACUGAUAAUUAUGAAGCUUGUGCCUUAUGUCUUGAAACUCCUGCUAUUGGAGAAACCAUCCGCCAUCUUCCCUGUCUAAAUAAAUUUCACAAGGAUUGUAUCGAUCCAUGGCUGAGGAGGAAAACACCAUGCCCGGUUUGCAAGUCGUCUAUUGUUUGAAUGGGAGUGUUCUGGCGCAAUAUUGAUGGAAAGUAAAAGGUCUUCAAGUGAACAUCUAUUGGAGGUACAAUUC